GCGAGGCCCCGGAGUGUGUGUCUCACCCCCAGGCAGCAGUGAUGGCUUCUUACUUUGGCCUGGAUAAACUAGUUAAGGCAGCUCGACUUAUUAAAAAUCAUGGUGGAAUCAGAGGAACUCUCUACCAGCUGUACAGGGUAGACGACAUUAAAGAUGGUACCUUGGUGGGUGAGGACGCUAAUGGCAACAAAUACUACGAAAACAGAAAACUUACACUUGGUCGAAAUCGGUGGGUAAUAUAUCACCCACGAUACGGGACAGAUUAUGAUGGAUCCUUGGUUCCUGCCGAGUGGUUUGGAUGGUUACACCACAAGACUGAUGGGCCACCAACUGAGGUUGCUCCCACGAGUUAUGCUUGGCAAAGUGGACACCAAGAGAAUAAAACUGGAACAGAAGAUGCAUACACUCCCUAUACCACAACAAAGCCCAAGAUUGAAGCAUGGGUUCCUCCUCGGAGGCAGUAAAUUAAUCAGUCCCGUGUACUGUACUGUAUAUCUGUAACGACACAUACUGCAGUUUGAAAAAUAUAUUAUUUGAAGAAUUAGAAUUUUUUAGAAAGUUAGAUGUAGAAUUUGUUAAUUUCAAGAUUUUUAAUUUUUUUUGCUUACUUGAUAUUUUAUACUGCAUUAUCUUUUAAAUAUAUAUUGUAUGACAAUAUGAUGUAAAGAAUCCCAAGUCACAUGUCACCAAAUUAAAUUCACAGUGGAAAUUUUGCAUCAUUUUUGUUCCAUUACAUUUUGGACCAGAGCAAUAUUCAUUCAUAAGAAAAUUUUGUGAAUUUUUAGAGCACUUUAUUCCUUUACAUACUUUAAUAGUUUAUAAACAGAUAAUUUUCAUAAAUUUAGGUAAUUUACAAAAACUUUUAUUUUGAAAAAAUAAAAUAAAUAAAUAAAAUGGUACAGUAAUGAUAGGAUGUGCUGGAGUGCACACACACUUACUUUUAGGAGGGAUUCUAUUUUGCAGUAAAUCGACUCUUUUAUCACCCGUUUUCUUUUCUCUUAACAGUAUGACUUCCUGAUACAAUAGAACAUAAGGAAUUUGUUUAUGGACCUAUAUUGUACUGGUACUGUAUAGUAUACAAAAGAGGGAGAUAGGAAGUCAUUCAAGAUUUAUAGCAGAAUUAGCUCUGUCAUCACGUUUACAAUGUGUGUGUGUGUGUGUGUGCAGUAUAAAAGGUCAAGUAUGUUGUCCAAUAUUUUCAAGUCUACUGAGGUGAAAUCCCUCUAGGUAACUGUAAAUACAUUUGGCUAAUUUUUCAACAUUUAAAUCACUUUGUAAAUAUGUAACAUAAUAAAGAUAUGUAGAAA